AAUUACUAUGAGAUAGAUAACUAAUGUAUUUCAGAAGAUAGCGUGUUUUUUUUUUAACAGCUAGUAACGUUAGCUGUUAAUUUCUGAAUCAAUUUUGAUUAGCACUUGGAGAAUAUGAAUGACUGUUGUUGAUUUUGGUUCUUCUUCUCCCCCAUUUAGAGUUUUCAUAGGCCUCAAAGAAGAGAAUGUCGAGACGCAGUAGCCGUUUACAAGCUAAGCAGCAGCAUGCCCAGCCCAACCAGCCAGACUCUCCGCAAGAAGUCCAGAUAAUUCAGGCCAAGAAGAGAAAAACAGCACAGGAUGUCAAAAAAAGAAAAGAGGAGAUCACCAAGAAGCAUCAGUAUGAGAUCAGGUUAAAGGAAAUCUACGCUCCCAAACUCCAAGAGUUUGCUUAUGUCACUGAUGGUGCUUGCAGUGAAGUAGAUAUCUUAAAGAUGGAACUCUCUAUAUUAAAGGCUUUAAAAUGGGAACUUUGUCCUGUAACAGUCAUUUCCUGGUUGAAUCUUUUUCUCCAAGUUGAUGCUGUUAAAGAUGUUCCUAAGGUUCUUCUACCUCAAUAUUCUCAGGAGACAUUCAUCCAGAUAGCUCAGCUUUUAGAUCUGUGUAUCCUCGCCAUUGACUCAUUAGAAUUCCAAUACAGAAUUCUGGCAGCUGCUGCUUUGUGCCAUUUUACCUCCAUUGAAGUAGUUAAGAAAGCCUCAGGUUUGGAAUGGGAUGACAUUUCAGAAUGUGUAGACUGGAUGGUGCCUUUUGUCAGUGUAGUAAAAAGUGUAAGUCCAGUGAAGCUGAAGACUUUUAAGAAGAUACCCAUGGAAGACAGACAUAAUAUCCAGACACACACGAAUUAUUUGGCUUUGCUGAAUGAAGUAAACUACGUGAACACCUUCAGAAAAGGAGGGCAGUUGUCACCAGUGUGUAAUGGAGGCAUCAUGACACCACCGAAGAGUACUGAGAAACCACCAUUAAAACACUGAAGUUAACAACAAAUUGGAAUUGAGCAAAUACUGGAUAGAGGUUCAUACACAUGAGUAAGUUACAGGAAAGUAGUGCUGUGGCUAUCCUUGCCUACUGAGGAGUUACACUGCCAUUCUUUUAUUUAAAAACUACAUCAAUUUGGCACUAAAUGCCUAGGAUGCAUGAAGCCUUGGGUUCAAUACUCGGCACUACAAAAGAACAAAAAAACUUCACAAAAAGAUUGGCACUAAGAAAAUUUCCUCCAUUUAAAAGAGGAUUUGUUUACAGAGGCGACUUCACUCCCAAGGACAGUGGAUAGAAGCCAGAAACAAUUUAUGCUGUAGCAGUUUCUGUUUGUUAUUGUGUUUCUUUACAGUCCAGUGUUACUGUGUUUCUCUUGGUAAACUAGGAAUUUUAUCAUUGGAAUAUGGACUAAACUACUUAAAGGAUACAUAAGCCUACACAGAACUCUAAAACUAGAUUUUAGAUUCUUAAAUUCCUAUACUCUUGAAUGGUGCAAUUUGUCUUUUGAAAAUGAAAUUUAAACCUAUUUACAAAGAUUGUUUUGUAAUAAAGUGACUAAUUUAUCUAAAGCUGUUUGUAACAGUGACAAAACUUGAAUAUUUACAAAUGGUGAAGUUCAAUCUGUUUUUAACUAGUUUGUUUGCCUUGCCAUAUUUCUUAAUCAGUGGCAUUGAACCAAAUGUUUAAACUGCUCUAAACAAUGGGAGAACCAAAGAAAUUAUAAACAAGAUAAAUGCUUUGGCUUCUAUAGGGGUUUGUACUUUAGCUAAAGUUUCCUUUAUAAUCUUUUCAUGUAUCACAAUCUGAGUGAAACUUUAAUGCAUUUGCAAACUACAUUAGAAAGUCACUUUAUUACACUAAGCUAUCCUUAAGUAUUUUGAAGUGUUAUAUGACUAAGGCUUUAUGUUUGGAAAACUGUCAGUCUAUUUUUAAGCCCUAUAUUAUGAGAUGAGGACCGUGUCAACAUGGUAAAACUUAUGUGACCUAAAAUUCUAUUUUCUAUGGCAGAAAAAAUAUUAAAUGUAUACUGACUCCUAGAAAUCUAUUUAUUUAAACUUACUGUAUAUACAAUAGCUACUUAUACAUUAAAUAUUUUAAGUUAGCCUUUGAAAAGGAAAUUUGGGCCCAAAAGUCAGUUUCAUUAGAACAAAAGUGAUACCAGAGUGCCAGGUUACCAGACAUGUGAACCUUUUCUCUCUUUGAAGAAAUUGUAAACUAUAUGUUAAUUUGUUAAGUUUUUGUAUAGUUUUUGUUUAUAAAACUACUUUCAGUUUUUGUCUGAAAAGAAAACACCACUAAGUGUACAUAUGUAUUAUACAAACUUAAUCUUUUAAUACUGUUUACUUUUAGCCCAUGUUUAAAAAAUAAAAGUUUAAAAAAGUAA